ACGCACACAGAGCUCUGUUAAUCCCGGACCGGGUCUUGGCGGCUCCAGUCCUCAUGGAGGCCUCUGGCUGUGCGUCCGCGGCCCUGGAGCGCCUUCCCUUCCACAACACCGCCCUGAAGAAGCUGCCGGUGGAUGAGUCGGAGGUGCAGGGGUCCCGGACAGUCCCGGGGGCCUGUUUCUCUAGAAUCAGAGCUCCUCAACCUCUGACCAGGCCGACCCUGGUGUCCGUGUCUCGGUCUGCGCUGGCCCUGCUCGGCCUCAGUGCGCAGGAGGUGCAGGCGGACCCUCUGGCUGCGGAAUAUCUGAGCGGAUCCAGGAUGCUGCCCGGGUCGGAACCGGCCGCACACUGUUACAGCGGACACCAGUUCGGUCUGUUUGCGGGUCAGCUGGGAGAUGGAGCUGUGAUGUACCUGGGGGAGGUGGAGGAGGGAGCCGGGGGACGAUGGGAGGUGCAGGUGAAAGGUGCAGGAGUCACACCUUACUCCAGAGAUGGGGAUGGUAGGAAGGUCCUCCGCUCCAGCAUCAGAGAGUUUCUGUGCAGUGAAGCCAUGGCAGCUCUGGGUAUACCCACCACCCGUGCAGCCUCACUUGUGACAUCUGACCUCUAUGUCAACAGAGAUCCGCUUAACAGUGGUCGGCGAAUUGCUGAGCGAUGCUCUGUUGUGAUGCGUGUUGCCCCUUCCUUUAUCAGGUUUGGAUCUUUUGAGAUCUUCCUGGGACGAGAUGAUUUCUCAGGUCUUCAGGGUCCAAGUGCAGGACGGUUUGACAUCCGUGCUCAGCUGCUGGAUUACGUCAUUGAGACUUUCUACCCAGACAUUCAAGAGAGCAGCCGUGAAAAAAGAAAUAUGGCUUUUUUCAGAGAGGUGAUGAUGCGAACUGCUAAGCUUGUGGCCCAGUGGCAGUGUGUUGGAUUUUGCCAUGGUGUUCUGAACACAGACAACAUGAGCAUCUUGGGUCUGACUUUGGACUAUGGACCCUUUGGUUUCAUGGACAGGUUUGAUCCAGAGUUUGUUUCCAAUGCUUCAGACAAAAGGAGUCGUUAUUCAUAUCAAGCCCAGCCGUUUGUGUGCCGCUGGAACCUAGUUCGCCUGGCUGAAGCUCUGGGCUCUGAGCUGAGUGCAACUGAAGCAGGGAUGAUCCUGGAUGAAUUUAUGCCCACAUAUGAAGCUUUCUAUUUGUCUUUUAUGCGGAAGAAGUUGGGCCUUGUGAGAAAAGAAGAGCCAGAGGAUAAUCAGCUCAUAUCAGACCUGCUGCAGCUCAUGUAUAACACUGGUGCAGAUUUCACAAACACCUUCCGACUGCUGAGCCGAGUCCCUUGGCCUGAGGAGAACCAGAGUGAAAGGGCCACAGUGGGUCCAGUAGUGGACCUCAUCCUACAGCAGUGUGCUUCUAUUGAGGAGCUGAAGCAUUUUGGAGAAAAGACUUACCAAGACAAUAUUGAAUUAGCGAUGAUUCUGUCCAUGGCGCAGACCAACCCAGCCAUGUUUGGAAUGGUGGCAGACAGGCCAGAUGUGCUUAAGCAGCUGGAACGCAUGGGCCGACUAAAAGAGCUGCUUGAGACAGAUCAGGAUGAGCUUAAGGAAAAGCAGCGUGACGACUGGAUAUGCUGGGUUAGCAGAUACAGAAGGCGCUUAGCCAGGGAAGAUGAUGGUACGAGUGAACUGUUUCUUCUCAAAAAAGAACGCCUUAAUGUGAUGAACAACGCCAACCCACGUGUCGUGCUACGAAACUACAUCGCCCAGAGGGCAAUUCAAGCUGCAGAAAGAGGAGACUUCUCUGAGGUAAACAGGGUCCUCCAAGUUCUGGAGAAACCAUUUGUGGAGACAUUUGAGAUGGAGCUGUUGAAUGAACCUAAUGCAUGUGCUGACCAGGAGACUUCUACCUAUGACCACAAGCCUCCUGCCUGGGCAAUGACUAUUUGUGUCACUUGAUCCUCAUAGAUCCUCCCAGGCAGCUGAAGGAGAGAGAGACUGUUGUUUUAGGUGGGUGGACCACAUGGACAAUGAAAACAAUGGCCACUGCUUCUGUUUACUAUCAAAAACAGAUUCUCUCCUGCAUGCUGAAGGGAGGACAUCAUGUUUCCUACUGUGUUCCAGUGUUCAUCAGUAUGGCCAUGGAUCAGGUUUAGCAUAAUCUUAUGCUUCUAUUGCCCCAUGUAGGUGCUGAUGAAGUAUGACGGCUCAGAAAACCAGUCACACAUGACACGUCUGAGUUUGAAACACUGCAGACACACCAACAGUAAAAUAGUGAUGUUCAUAUGUGAAUAAGUAACUCUACUCAGAGCAAACAAAAAGGAGGGCUGGCGUGUUAAAGCUGCAGAAGCUGAAAUCAGGUAAAAAAAAAAAAAAAAAGGCCAGAAUUUGCAAACUCUCCUCUCAUAGCACACUAAAUAUAAAUACAUCGGAUCUGACUGAUGAAAUGUGUGACGAUCAGUAAUUAUAGCCGUCACAAAUUUAAGGUGACAGCUAGAGAUGCCUCUGAAAACAUGUUAUUAACUAUAGUUGUCAGGUUACAUUUUCUGUAGUCCACAGAAGUGAGUAGUGUUCUUUUUUUUACUCUCGGAACACCUGAAUUACAGUAUGCUGAAAGUAAUGCUGGUAUUUUUGUCCAGUGACACUAAAAACUAUCAAGCACUGUAGAAUUAAACUAUUC